AAAAAACACGGAGUUUGAGAGAGAGAGAGUGGGUUGUUGAUGUUAUAAAGUGACCCAACUUGUUCUUGAAAGCUUUAGUAGUUAAGAGUGACAAACAGAGAACGAGGGAAGGAAAAAACUGGAAGGGGUUUAAUAAAAGUGAAAGAAACGAUGGCGUUUUGAAUCUGAGAAAUACAAAGGGAGAAGGCGGCGCCGGUGACGGCGAGAAAUGGGGAGAAGGCCGUGCUGUGAUAAAGUUGGUCUGAAAAAGGGGCGGUGGACGGAGGAGGAAGAUGACCGGUUGAAAAAAUAUAUACUUGCCAAUGGUGAAGGCUCCUGGAGAUCUCUCCCCAAAAAUGCAGGUCUUCUCCGAUGUGGUAAAAGUUGUAGACUGAGAUGGAUUAACUAUUUGAGAGCUGAUUUGAAACGAGGGAACAUCACAUCUGAAGAAGAAGAUGUCAUCAUUAAGCUUCAUGCUUCCCUUGGAAACAGACAGAAGGCCGUUCAAAAGAAAAACGUAAACUCGCAUUUGAACUCUCCCGCGUCUGCAGUUACCCUCUUCAACUCUCUCCCGCCUCCGGUGAACGUUUUUCUCUUCCGUCCAUUUCUUCUCCACUUCCAUCCAUUUCUUCUUCACGACUCUCCGCUAUAUUUUCCGAUUUCAACUUGUUCACCGAACGUCUCCAUUUCUUCUGCACGGGUCUCCAUUUCGACUUCAUCUCCGGCGGACGCUUCUCCACUUCCAUCCAUUUCGAUUUCAGGUCUCAGUAUGGCUUCGACAUCAACUAACGGUCCCAUGUACAAGAUUGACCCUGCUCAUCAUUUUCAGUCUAUACGACUAUUAGUUGCGAAGUGGCCUGAAUACCAAGAAUGUAUUAAAGAGAAUCGACCAUUUCACUGGAAGGAGGAGUAUCGGUUGGUUGACUAUGUUGUCGGAUCAAAACAAGACUGUCAAGAUCCUUGGGUGAAUGUUGAUUACAUUUACUCUCCAUUCAAUAUCCAUGGCAAUCAUUGGAUUCUAUUAUGCUUGGACUUGGUACGUUGUCAAGUUAAGGUAUGGGAUUCGCUUCCGUCGCUGACGAGUGCCGAAGAUAUGAGAAGCAUAUUAGAGCCAAUUCAAGAGAUGGUGCCAAAUUUGCUCGAUGCUACUGGAUUCUUUGUUAGGAGAGGCGGAUCAUCAACACACAAGGAACCUUGGCCACUUGUCAUUGUCGACUCCAUUCCACUUCAACGCAACAAUAGUGAUUGUGGUGUAUUUACAAUUAAGUAUUUCGAAUAUGAAGCUUCUGGUUUAGAUGUAGCUACAUUAUGUCAAGAAAACAUGUCAUAUUUUAGAAAACAAUUGGCAUUUCAAUUAUGGACCAACAAUCCCAUGUAUUGACUUUCAGUUUCAACUUUUGAAGGAAUUGUAUAUGUUCCAAACUAUGUACAUAAAUAGUUUUAUAUAAUGGAAUGAAGACCAUUUUUGUUUUUUGGUAUGCAA